CUGCCUGCUCUCCAUCUGCUUCAUCCCUGUUGCAUCACCAUUAAUAUGUAAUUCUCGUGACGUCUGUGAGAACAUGAGAAUAAAACCUGAGCGGCGGGAGCGGGGGAUGUCAGAGAACAAACACCGGGGAUAACGAGAACAGCAGUCAGUACAGGGGCACAGGUACCCCGACCAGCUACACAAGCCACUGACGACUCGGGGGAGCCCGCACCCAGGAAGAGCUGCCGAACAAGGGAACACGUGGAGGAAGAGAAGGCACCCACUCACGUGGAACCAGCCAGAGAGGUGGCACCGAGCAAGAAAGAGAUUCACCCCCGGAGUGCCCACCACAAGGGACUGGAGCACCCAUUGAGGACACUGCAGUGAGUGUCAGACAUAGGGGCACCCAGCAAGUCACCUACUUCGAGCGCAGCAUCAUAUAGGUGGGCACUCACUGAGCUGACAGCUGACACUCAGGGUCACACUGAGGAGCAGCUCUAGAGCCAGUCUCAGUAUCACAUACUGACUCAGGGUACAGCACCUGCUGACUGUCCAGCAUCUCCUGCGGACUGUGCACCAGCCGAAGGACCAGUCACCAGCACCACAGCGAAUAUGUCGGGGGGCAGCCUGAAGCGCCGGCAGUCGGGGUCCCCGGGGCCCCACGAGGAAGAGGCCAGUGAAAAAAUGCUUCGGGAGAAUGGAGCCGCAGCCCCGGGAGAAGAGGCGGUGGAGCUGAAGCGGACAAUCACCCUGGUCAACGGUGUGGCGAUCAUCGUGGGCACCAUCAUCGGCUCAGGCAUCUUUGUCACCCCCACUGGCGUGCUAAGAGAGGCGGGAUCCCCCGGUUUGUCGCUGUUGGUAUGGGCCAUUUGCGGUAUUUUCUCCAUUGUGGGUGCUCUGUGUUAUGCUGAGCUGGGCACUACCAUCUCCAAGUCCGGGGGAGACUAUGCCUAUGUCCUGGAGGUGUACGGGCCGCUCCCAGCCUUCCUAAAGCUCUGGGUGGAGCUGCUCAUCAUCCGGCCGUCCUCACAGUACAUCGUGGCCCUGGUAUUCUCCACCUAUCUGCUCAAACCGCUCUUCCCCACCUGCCCAGUGCCCGACGACGCUGCCAAGCUAGUGGCCUGCAUGUGUGUCUUGCUCCUGACUGCGAUUAACUGCUACAGUGUUAAAGCUGCCACCAGGGUACAGGAUGCAUUCGCAGCUGCAAAACUUCUCGCCCUGUGUCUGAUAAUAAUCCUGGGAUUCGUGCAGCUUGGCAAAGGAGAUGUCAGCAACUUGAGCCCAGAACAUGCCUUUGACAACACCAGUCAGGAUGUUGGCAAAUGGGUCCUGGCCUUAUACAGUGGACUUUUUGCUUAUGGAGGAUGGAAUUACUUGAAUUUUGUUACAGAAGAAAUGAUAGAACCUUACAAGAACCUACCUCGUGCUAUCAUCAUUUCCCUGCCUAUAGUCACCUUGGUUUACGUCCUGACCAACCUGGCAUAUUUCACAACUCUUACCCCUGAGCAGAUGUUGUCCUCAGAGGCUGUGGCUGUGGAUUUUGGGAACUAUCACUUAGGAGUCAUGGCCUGGAUCAUCCCUGUCUUUGUGGGAUUGUCUUGCUUUGGUUCUGUAAACGGGUCACUGUUUACCUCCUCCAGGUUGUUCUUUGUUGGGGCCAGAGAAGGACAUCUGCCCUCUCUCCUAUCAAUGAUUCAUCCCAGACUGCUAACCCCGAUGCCUUCUCUCAUCUUCACGUGCGCCAUGACGCUGCUUUAUGCCUUCUCGAAUGACAUCUUUUCAGUCAUCAAUUUCUUCAGCUUCUUUAACUGGCUCUGUGUGGCUCUGGCGAUCGUUGGGAUGUUGUGGCUCAGAUACAAGAAACCAGAAUUAGAGAGACCCAUUAAGCUGAAUCUCGCACUCCCUAUCUUCUUCAUCCUUGCCUGUAUCUUCCUCAUCGUCGUAUCAUUUUACAUGACCCCCAUUGAGUGUGGAAUCGGUUUUGUCAUCAUAUUAUCAGGGGUCCCUGUUUACUACUUUGGCGUCUGGUGGCAGAACAAGCCUGAAUGGGCACAGCAGGCUAUACAUUCCACAACGGUCUUAUUACAGAAGAUGAUGGAGGUUGUCCCUCAAGAAUCCUAAACUCCUAUAAUGCACUGUCUCUGUGGUUAUGCACAAGAAAACAGUAGUUCUUAAAGGAGCUGACUAAAUGUUACUUUACAUAAGUUACAAACAGAACCAUCAGCCCAGUUCAUUGCUGGGCAAUUAUCAAGCAAAGAUCCCCAAAUACUGACUAAAGCCCCCCCCCCUCCCCCCUUCUUCACAACCCCAAAAAUAUAUGCAGUUUCUUAUCCAACCCCCUGACCCUAGACCUCUGACCCUGUCAGUAUUGUGGGGUCAUCAUUUUUGUAGAGUGGUCGUCUUUUUGUGUUUUUUUUUUUUUUUAUGAAGAAAACUCUUGACAUAGAAUUUUAGUUACCUCAGAAGCAAAAUGACCUCAAAGGUCUCAAAAGAAAUGAUCUCAAUUUUGAGUCAAAUAAAGUUGAUGACUGAUCCUGUGACAACAAGGUCUACUCUCCUAAAGUCUCUUCAAGGAUUUUUUUUUGGCUGAUAUUAACUUGGACUCUGGAAUCACUGGACCCUAGAAUCACUGACCAGGCUGACUGCACAGCUGGAAAUCCAAACUUGUUUCCUCUGCUUCAGGACUAGAUGUGAUUCUUUUAUACAAUUACCAUGAACUACACUGCCUAGUCAAUGGAAGCUUCUUACAUAGAACUGCCAGCUUCUGGCGGUAUUCUAUUCGCUGUUGUCUGGGCCAUCCUCUCCAGUGAUACAAAGUUUAAUCUGAUUUGAAAACGUUUUUAUAUUUUGUAAAAAAAAAGAAAAAAUUUUA